AUGGCAGGCGAUGGUCCCAAACCUGGCUUUUUGGGCAACAUCAGCAAGGACCAGGAAGCAAAAUUACAAAUGCUCUGGUCCGUCCUUCUCAAGGCGGGCGAAAUAUCCAUAAGCAAUGAACCUAUCAAUGGCUGCUCGGAGGAUGAUUUCAGUCCAACUCAACCCCAGAGACGGCUAUCGCUCCUUGGCCGCACACAGAGCAACGUCCCCGAAAAAGCCAUCCCAACCCCGAAUACACUAUAUCACCGAAACAUUAUGAGAUACCUCGGAGAAAUUGGGGCUGGUGUGGCUGAAUCAAACGCAAUCAAGAAGGCCCUCUCGAAGAUCACACCCACUGAGCUUCGUACGGGAAUACUUGGCACUCUCAAACACGACCACCCCGAUGCCCUACUUUUGCGUUUCCUCCGCGCUCGCAAAUGGGACGUACCUAAGUCAUUUGCAAUGCUGAUGGAAGCAGUCAUUUGGCGAGUUAAGGAAAUGCAUGUAGAUGACGUGAUGGCAAAGGGAGAGUUACAUGCCCUCAAGCAGACUCAAAACAAGGCCAGCACAAGUGAACAGAAAGCUGGAAAUGACUUCUUGUCUCAAAUGCGAAUGGGAAAGAGUUACGUACAUGGCGUUGAUAGGGCUGGUCGCCCGAUCGUGGUGGUGAGAGUCCGCUUGCACAAGCCUGGGGCUCAGAGUGAAGAAUCUUUGGAGCGAUAUAUUGUCCAUGUGAUCGAAUCAGUGCGACUUACAUUAGCUCCUCCUAUUGAGACUGCAGCUGUUUUGUUUGAUAUGACAGGGUUUGGACUGUCCAAUAUGGAAUAUCCACCUGUUAAGUUCAUUCUCAAGUGUUUCGAGGCGAACUAUCCUGAAUGUUUGGGAAUCAUGCUUAUUCAUAAUGCGCCGUGGGUUUUCUCAGGCAUUUGGCGACUCAUUCGAGGCUGGAUGGAUCCUGAAAUUGCAGCCAAGGUUGAAUUUACAAAUAGUGUCGCCGACCUCGAGAAGUUCAUCCCCCGUGGUCAGAUCGUGGAAGAGAUGGGCGGCAACGAGAAGUGGUCAUACGAAUACGUUGAGCCCGAUUCUACUGAGAACUCACGGAUGGAUGAUACUACAACACGAGACGCACUGGAAAGCGAGCGGCAAGCUAUUGGUGAUGAAUUCCUGGCUGCUACAUCUGAGUGGAUUAAUGCGACUAAAUUGAAGGACACGACGAAGCUCCAAUCCAGUGAAAGCGAAAGAGCUUAUCUAGCCGAGCGACUGCGCGUUAACCACUGGAGACUUGAUCCCUAUGUGCGGGCUCGUCUUCUCCUGGACCGAACGAACGUCAUUCAGGAAGGUGGCAAAAUUGAAUUUUAUCCUGAGAAAGUGCCCAUGGAAUGUGACAUUGAAACAACCAAGGCAUUAGGCGUGGAACACUUAGAGCAGGUUGGGAAUGCCCCUCUGGCAAAUUGUUAUAAAUAUUGA